UGUACUAGUUGUUGGCGAAACUGCUGGACAGCCAGUCGAAAUUUGAAAAUCUGAAUGAGACGUUUGCUCGCAACAGCUUAUCUUCACAGCGUUAAAAAUGGAAUACUUCAAGCUUGUUUUGGUUUUGCUGGCGUUAUGUGCCUGUGCCUCAGCAUUCACCCGUUUGCCCAGAAGCAAUGACGAGAACGACGACGAUGUGACGGAGCCUCUGGGGAUCGCUUCAGUCAAGUCACGAGCCAUCGCCAUGGACCGAGGCCUUUGCCGGGAACUAUCGCGCUACCACCCACACUAUCCACGCUGCCAGGAAUAUUGCAAGAAACUCAACCACUGGAUGGGCAUGUGCCGACGUGAGAGCUGUCAUUGCUAUUCUUAGAAACAGAAAUUGCAUUGUACGUGUAAUUAUUUGUGCAAUUAUCUCACCUAUAACUAAGUUUGUGCUUCUAUUUAAUUGAAAAUGUGCUGCAAUAAAUAUUUGAUAGUGCAAAGUGCCAAACA